AUGGCAUUAGAAUCAAUUUGCGGUUUGCAAAACUUUGAUAAUCGCGAAGAUAAUUUAUUUGAAAAGGAUUUAUUCAAUUAUACGAGAAAUUUCAAUGCCAAUACAAACUUGGCCCUUCCACCCUUUCCGCAGUUCUCCGAGAAUUUGUCGCACGGCAUGACCGACGAACGAGGACGCGAUAUCAAAAUCAAAUUCGAUCACGGUACAACCACUUUAGGCUUUCAGUAUAAUGGAGGUGUUGUACUUGCCGUCGAUUCUCGAGCUACCGGUGGCGAUUUUAUUGGAUCGCAAACGAUGAAGAAAAUCGUGGAAAUUAACGAUUUUUUGUUGGGUACUCUCGCCGGUGGAGCUGCCGAUUGUGUGUAUUGGGAUAGGGUGUUAGCUAAGCAGUGCCGUAUGUAUGAAUUGCGUAACCGUGAACGUAUAUCAGUCGCCGCUGCUUCAAAAUUAAUGGCGAAUAUGGUGUACAAUUAUAAAGGUAUGGGACUUUCAAUGGGAAUGAUGAUCGCAGGCUGGGAUAAGAGAGGUCCUCAGUUGUACUACGUGGAUUCGGAAGGUACUCGCACUCCUGGACAAGUGUUUAGUGUUGGUUCUGGAUCUAUUUUUGCGUUUGGAGUUUUGGAUGCCGGUUAUAAGUGGGAUUUAACAGAUGAGGAAGCAUAUGACUUGGGAAGACGUUCAAUUUAUCACGCCACACAUCGUGAUGCAUAUUCUGGUGGAAUUGUUCGUGUCUAUCAUAUGAAGUCCACAGGGUGGGUUAAUAUUGACAAUAUUGAUUGUAUGGAUUUACAUUACAAGUAUAAGCAAGAGAAAGAAGAUAAAUUAAAUGAAAUUUAAGUUUAUAUGUAUCUAUAACUUUUUUUUAAUUAAAUUGGAAUAUUUGUCGCUCAGGAGUUUAGAUAGAGAGUGAAAGCUGAAACAAAUACUAAGAAAUCACAAUAAAACGUCUACGUUUGGACAGUAAA